GAAAGGUAGUACUGGGGAUGUAUGUUCUCUAAUAAAAGCCCCAAACACAACCCUAUUUUCUCUCUCUCUCUCUCUCUCUCUCUCUCUCUCUCUCUCUCUCUCCUAGUUUUCUUCACUCACCACUCGAUACAGAUCUUCUUCCUCUCUUCCUUUCUCCACCAUCAGAUCUAAUAAGUUCCACAAGGCCCACCUCUGGUAUGCAGUCUUGAUUCUAUACUGGCACGUCAGAGAACAUAAAGAAAGGUGGAUCGAAGGCAUGGGAAGAGGCCUCUUCCUCCUGAUAUACCACCAGAGGAGAAAGGAGAAGAAGAAGCCAGCCACACCAACUUCCCUUCCUACACUACAGCACGUGCCGAACACGACAUGUCAGCCAUGGUAUCAGCCCUGGCUCACGUGAUCGGCACGAGCGAGGCUGAAAGGACGACACCCAUGUCUGGAAACCCGGCAGGGGUGCCGGAGUCCGGUGCCGGGGAACAACCAUCACAAGAACCAGUUCCCUUCAGGAGAAGGCAUUACAGGGGCGUAAGGCAAAGACCCUGGGGCAAAUGGGCAGCCGAGAUAAGAGACCCAAACAAGGCAGCCCGUGUCUGGCUUGGCACCUUCGACACUGCAGAGGGUGCCGCCCUCGCCUACGAUAGAGCUGCUCUCAAAUUCAAAGGAACCAAGGCCAAGCUGAAUUUUCCUGAAAGAGUCCAAUGCGGGGCCGAUGUAGGUUUCUUCUUUGGCGGCAUUGAUCCAGUCGCCAACCGUGGCCCCCCCGCAUCCAAUGUCCUCCCUCCUCCUCCACCGGCACCACCACAGGGCACUUACCCAGAUCUUUUCCAGUACGUGCAGCUACUGUGUAGUAGAGAUGAAGAUCUUCCAUACAUUGCUUCCAAUCUUUAUAAUCCGGAUUACUUCGUUUCACCAUCUUCAACAUCGUCGUCAUCAUUGCCAUCGUCUUCAUCGUCGUCUUCAUCAUCGCCGUUGGUUUCUCCGCAAGAGAACUUGAGAUUUUCUUCUCAAUUUGGGAGUUCUUCCUCGAGCUCGGAGCCAAAGGAGAGAGGGUGGGACACUGGCAGUAGUCACCGAAGAGAGUACUGAUUUUGAAUUUCUGCCAUGGAUGAGAAUAAGAGGAUUGUAUGAGUUUUGGGUGGUGGAUCUUUUCUCUUCUUUGUUUGCUUUCUAUUUAGUUAUGGUUUGAAGUUUCUUUCUGGUCCCCAUGGAACUAUUUUGAGUAGUAUCUGUUAUGAUUAGUGAGGGAGCUAGAGAUGGAUUUUGGUGUAUGCUACUCCUGUUAUUGCAAGAGCUAAUUGUUUGAAGUAUAAA